ACGGAGAGAGGUUUCUUUUUAAAAGCCAAGUGCAAAUAAAAAAGCAUAAAGAAUGCCUCAAACAACCACUAUUGAAACUCUUACUAUAACCAGACCACUUAAGGUGAUCGCGUUUAUAUGCGGGAUCAUAGUGGUGCUGCUGAUGAUAAUGGGCUUAGCGUCGACUGACUGGCUGAUGGCCCUGGGAUGGAGACAGGGCUUGUUUGCGCACUGCAUCGAGGAAGGCGCCCCGACACCACUCCCCUUUAACAUGCCCGAUCCCCCGGGAUGCUACCCAGCCAGAGAUAGCGCCUACAUAAAGGCAGCUGCGGCUUUGUGCGUGGUGUGUCUUCUGACGGACAUCGUCGCGACGGUUUUCACUGGCUUGGGUUUGCGCACACAGGAUCACAGGGACAAACAUAACUAUUAUAGAUUUGCAAUGUUCUGCAUGACUACUGCACUGGUGUCCCUCCUAAUAGCACUGAUCAUAUAUCCUAUAUGUUUUGCAGCAGAAUUGAAUCUCGGAAAUCGAACUAAUUGGGAAUUUGGUUGGGCGUACGGCGUCGGUUGGGGCGCCGUAAUUUUCCUCUUUGGAGGAGCAAUACUGCUGUUGUGCGAGAAGGAAAGCGAAGAGAUUUACUAUAAGGAAAAGAAAACUGUUCGCGAUGACAUAGGAAGCGGCGGUUCCAUGAUUGGUAUGGGACAUCACGCUGGACGAAGUGGAACGCAGCUAGCCUAGUGGCAUUGCUCCCUGCCCGAUGUUGUUCUCUAGAUGAUUUGUUUUAUCGUUUUCUGCUCUCACAGUUCGACACAUGCGCAUACGAGAAGGUAUACAAGCCUAUGAAUGAGUUUUUGGUAGGGCGUUUUGGCUAAACGCAAAGAAAAUUACCUUUACGGAUUCUUC